AUGCCGUCGAGAGUGAGGCUGACCGACGCUGACAUUCGGCAACAUACGGCGAGGAAGAGACCGGCGCCCGUGGUCGGACCGUCGUGGCCUCCCAAGAGGCCUCAGAUAGCGUCGCCAAUAGAUCUUGCGGCGAUGGGGGCGCAGCCCGACGCCGAACGUGCAUCGGGCUACGAGUCGAUCAUCGCUCUGUCGGUUCCGAUGGUGCCACCUGAGGUGCCGUUUGAGGAAGGGGCGGUCGAAGGGGCAGCUGAAGGAGCAUCGGCUCUCCCACCCACGGAAGAGGUUCGGGCCGAAGCACGUGAGCCCAAAGGACCUGCAAUGGCUGCCGUCGUGGCCUCGGGAGGGACCCAGUCGAGCUCGAGCUUUCCAUCUCUCUUCGAUUUUCGGGCCUGGGCAGUCGGACGAGGGAAGGCUCCGAUGGCGUCGGGUGACGACACAAGCCUGGAGAACCUGGCCAAGGCUGAGGAGAACUUGUCCUCCACCCAGACCGACGCUGGCAUAUUGAAGGCGGAGGUGGAGUCGGCCAGGGAGGCACUGGAUCGGGCGGUGAAGGACUUCCAUGGUUCGGAGGAGUACCGGGAGGAUCUCCUCGAGAGCGGCUUCGCCUCCUACCGGGUGGGGUACGAAAAUGCCUUAGAAACGAUCCAAAGUCUGCACUCAGAGCUCGACCUGAGCGGGAUCGUCCCUCCAGGGUCGGAGGACCAAGCCGCUGAGGAAGAGGCCGACCCACCGCCGACGGAACGAGUCAUCGAGGAUGAGGCACCUCCAACCCCCGUUGCUCUGAGUUUGCUUCUAUUCCCUCCAUCUCCUUCUCUACUGGUGGCAUACUCCUUUAGCAAUCGAACCGACCAAGAGGCUCUUCUUUCUUUCAAAUCUCUCAUAAUAAAUGAUCCCUCCAACACCCUAUCUUCAUGGAACGACAGCUCUUCUGUAUGCCAAUGGCCCGGAGUCUUCUGCAAUCACCACGGCGGAGUCUCUGCCUUGGACCUAGGAGGCCUUGGCCUGACAGGUUCCAUCAGUCCUCACAUCGGCAAUCUCUCCACUCUCCGGUUUCUCUGCCUACAGGACAACCAUUUCACGGGCACACUACCAGACCAAUUAGGUAAUCUGCUUCACUUGCAAGUGCUGAACGUAAGCUCAAACUUCAUUGGAGGUGCCAUCCCUUCAAACAUGAGUAAGUCCUCCAAUCUCAUCACCCUUGACUUAUCUGCGAAUAACAUCUCCGGUGGGAUUCCUGCCGAGCUUGGACUGCUUUCCAAGAUUCAGGUCUUGAAGCUUGGCUCAAAUCAGCUCACAGAGGGUAUCCCGUCAUCCAUGGGAAACCUGUCUUCCCUCACCACCCUGGAUUUAGGCACAAAUAUGCUCAGUGGAUCGAUACCAACUGAACUGGGCCGUCUCAGAAAUCUGAAACAACUACAAAUAUCAGUAAACAAUCUCACGGGUACCGUCCCCCCAUCUUUGUACAAUGUUUCCUCGCUUGAAACCUUUGCUCUGGCAGCAAAUAAUCUGUAUGGUGAAAUACCAAGUGAUGUUGGCCUUCGGCUUCCGACUCUUAAAGUCUUUCACUGCUGCUUUAAUGAGUUCACCGGGCCAUACCCACCAACACUGCACAACAUCACCAAACUUCAAAGUAUUCGAUUGUCUCACAAUUUUUUUGCUGGGUCCGUGCCUCCCGGGCUAAGCACUCUCCAUGAUCUCACCAUGUAUAAUAUUGGUUUCAAUCGAAUCGUAUCCUCGGGUAGCAAUGGGCUAGAUUUCAUAACCUCCUUGACCAACAGCACAAAACUUCGAUACCUUGCCAUCGAUGAAAAUCUUCUGGAGGGUGUGCUCCCAGAAUCCGUCGGCAAUCUCUCAAACACUCUCUCAAAAUUUUAUAUGGGCGGUAAUCGGAUUUAUGGUAGCAUUCCAGCUUCCAUAGCUCAGCUUACUAAUUUGACCUUGCUGAACAUGAGCCACAACUCGAUCUUCGGAGAAAUCCCGCUCGAGAUUGGCCAGCUCAAACAACUUCAAAUGCUAGGCUUGGCCAGAAACAGUUUCUCGGGGGAAAUUCCAGCAGCUCUUGGAAAUCUAACCAUGUUAACUGAGCUCGAAUUGUAUGGAAAUAAAUUGGAGGGUUCAAUUCCGGCCAUAUUCAGCCAGUUUCAACGUUUGCUAACGUUGGAUCUAUCUAAUAACAACCUCAAGGGAAGCAUACCUAGAGAAUUAUUCGCCCUCACUAGUCUCAGUUCUCUUCUAAAUCUAUCCAGAAAUUCCCUGACAGGCCCUCUGCCCGAGGACAUCGGAAGAUUAGAAAACCUUGCCGCCCUUGAUCUCUCCAAUAACUUCUUAUCCGGAUAUAUUUCAAAUUCCAUCGGCAACUGCAGGAGCUUGGAAACUCUGUCCAUGUCCAACAACUCUUUCUCUGGCCUUAUUCCUAACACACUUGGAAACCUGAAGGGCUUGCAGAGUUUGGACCUCUCAUCCAACCAACUCUCGGGCUCCAUUCCGGAAAGUCUCGGAAAACUGCGAGUGCUCCAGUACUUAAACCUUUCGUUCAACGAUCUUGAAGGAGAGGUACCAAAAGAUGGCAUCUUUCGAAACCUCUCUAAUGUUCAUCUCGAAGGAAAUGCUAGACUUUGCACCUCAUAUUUGUGCCCUCGUUCCUCUCAUCGAAGCAUUUCAGUGGUGCUUCUCGUCAUCAUAGUGGCUUCGGUUGUCUCUGCUUUGUGUUUCCUGUGUUUGCUAUACUUCGUUAGAAGAGAAAUCAAUACCAAGGUCUUGCCGACAGCAGACUCAAUUAAGGGGCAGCACCGAAUGAUUCUUCAAGAGACAGCAAGACAACAAGGUAGUCGAUACUCAAAACGAAUCUACCGGCUGCUGAAGCAACGGUUGAAGCUUUCUCCAAAUUAUUUCUUGGCUAUCUUGAAUUUUUGGCCUGUAGAUGUGGAACCAGCUAUGAAAAUAUUAGAGAAUCUUUGGAAGUACUGCAAACUUAGAGCAAUGUUUCUUCCUAAAGAUUCUUGCGUUAUGCUCCUUCCAAACUUCCCAACAAAUAGCGACAAGGAGUUGAUCAGCAACUUUUCUAAUUGA